AAGAAGCUGUGGCUGCCCCAUCCCUGGCAGUGUCUAUUCAUAUUAUUUCAAGAGACCUUUGGCUAUACUGCUGUGCAAAAGAAGAUCAAACUAACCUGGGCUUAGUGGGCUUGUUUCACAUGCCUGUCCCCAUAGCCCUCAGCCUAUUCAUACUGCCUUGCACCUUGUGAUAACCUCUGUGUUUCAAAGAAAUGCGGUUUAUAUAGAAAACCACCCACAGUAGGAUUCUAAGAAAAUGGUUGUAACCAUUAAAAAAUGGAGUUGGACGAAAAUUUCUUGGACUUCAAGAAUUCAUGUUUGUUGUUCAGCCCUUUCUUUGAAGUUCCCUCAUCAUCAAAGAAGAGCACGAAUUCUGAGUACUACUGGUUUGUAGAUAGCUUUUUUGCUGUGGAAGCAUUAGCCUUACCUCAUGUGUAGCUUUUUAAUUUAAAGUCAUGUUGGCAGUUCUUAAAUGUUAUCAGCAGUGCUGUAUAUUUGAAUUUCAUUUGCAGCACAACAUCUGUUUGGUUUGGGCACCUGGACUUGCGGGCAUGCACAUAAAGUGAUUUGAAACCUGUCCUAUUAAUCACUGUAUACAGAAAAUGUUAACAUUUAUUCACCGCAAAGGUAAAUAUGGAAUUGAGCUAUUGUCAUCCCAUAGAACUUGGUUUUGUAUAGCAUUUUAAUGCAAAUUACAUUUGAAUGUUUUAGAAGUAAAUAAUAUUGAAGGGGUAAAGAGGCAUUUUCAGUAAGCAUAGCAAAGACAAAGAGUAUUCAUCUUUUUACAGAAAUUAAGGGGUCAGAUGAAAGAGUUCCCAAAAGGUGUGUGUGUUUGUGUUGGAACUAGGCUGACAGGAUGCAGUGCUCUUUCGUAUAUAUCACAAGGUAAGUAAAAAAGAUAGAUAACAGAAACUGGGACAAAACAAAACCAGUCAUUUUAGUAGAACCAAAUCUUCCUGGUUGGAAAGACUUGACUGGAAAGUCUUGGAGUAUUUUAAAUUAACACAUCCUUUUGUCAUCUUGCAGGGCAUUUCUGUGUAGCACUUGAUUAGCUACUAUGAGCUUACUAUACAGUGAUAACAGUAGUGGAGCCCAAGACGUGGAGAGCGGCUGCUGCGCAGCCAUGGCCAGUGCCUGCAGCGCUGGAGUAAAAGAAGACAGUGCCAACAGUGGGACUGGAAACCCUCAGAGUUCUUUCACAGAGGAAACACAAGGCUAUGAUGUGGAGUUUGACCCCCCCUUGGAAAGUAAAUAUGAAUGUCCAAUCUGUUUGAUGGCUCUUCGAGAAGCAGUGCAGACACCAUGCGGACACCGUUUUUGCAAAGGCUGCAUUGUCAAAUCCAUAAGAGAUGCAGGUCACAAAUGUCCAGUAGACAAUGAAAUUCUGCUUGAAAAUCAACUUUUUCCUGACAACUUUGCUAAACGGGAAAUCCUUUCCUUAACGGUGAAGUGUCCUAACAAGGGCUGCAGUAUGAAGAUGGAGCUGAGGCAUUUAGAGGACCAUCAGUUGCAGUGUGAUUUUUCCACUGUGGAAUGCCCACAGUGCCAGGGAGCCUUCCAGAAGAACCGUCUGAAAGAGCACAUAACACAGGAGUGUCCAAGGCGUCAAGUCUGUUGUCCAAACUGUGCCACAUCUAUGGCCUAUGAAGAUAAAGAGCUUCAUGACCAAACCUGCCCACUUGCCAAUGUAUUUUGUGAAUAUUGCAACACAGUGCUCAUCAGAGAGCAGAUGCCUAACCAUUAUGACAAUGAUUGUCCUACUGCCCCAGUGCCUUGUUUUUACAGUGCCUUUGGGUGUCCAGAAAAGAUGCAAAGGAAUGAACUGGCACGACACAUGCAGGAGUUCACUCAGGUUCACAUGAGAAUGAUGGCUCAGAGUUUUCAAAAUAUCAGUGUUACUGCUACAAAUCCUGUACCCUUCAUCAAUGGCUUACCCUUUGAGCCUGCCCUCUUCUCACAUGUGUCACAUGCCACAUAUGAUUGUAAUCCAGAAGUUGAAAACUUCAAAGAAACUAUUCAGCAGUUGGAAGGUCGUCUGGUAAGACAAGAUCACCAAAUCAGAGAACUCAUUGCUAAAAUGGAGACUCAGAACACUCACAUGGCAGAACUCAAACGUACUAUCCGAAAUUUGGAGGGAAAGAUUACUGAAAUGGAAGCACAGCAAUGUAAUGGUAUUUAUAUCUGGAAGAUUGAGAACUUCAGUGGACUUCAGAAAGCCCAGGAAGAAGAGAGACCUGUUGUGAUGCACAGUCCUGGCUUCUAUACUGGAAAGCCAGGCUACAAGCUGUGUUUGCGCCUGCAUAUCCAGUUACCAAAUGCUCAGCGGUGUGCUAAUUUUAUUUCUCUGUUUGUCCACACUAUGCAAGGAGAAUAUGACAGCCAUCUGCCUUGGCCUUUCCAAGGCACUAUACGACUUUCUAUUUUGGAUCAGUCGGAAGGCCCUGAGAGGCAGAAUCAUGAAGAAGUAAUGGAAGCCAAGCCAGAGUUACUAGCCUUCCAGAGACCAACAAUUCAGCGCAAUCCAAAAGGGUUUGGUUAUGUGACUUUCAUGCACCUGCAAACCUUGAAACAAAGAACCUUUGUAAAGGACGAUACGCUUCUGGUGCGCUGUGAAGUUCUAACACGUCUAGAUUUAAACAGUCUCCGCAGAGAGGGAUUUCAAGCUCGCAGUGCUGAUGGAGCUAUGUAGCUUGUAAGUCUUAACCAGAGGAGCAGAGCCACUAGUCAUGUUCUUCCACCACAGAUUAUGCUUCAUCGUCCAUCUAUGCUGCAUUUGUAAAAGAUCAUAGUUGCCAACAUAGCUCAUCUUCACCUGAAUAGAAUUUCGUUGUUGCUGGUAUACUUUUGUUUCUGUAUGAGGUCAUGUGUUCAAUUAUUUGGUAUUGUUCUCUAUUAAAGUAAUAAGCUGCUUCAGUAGCAAGCUAACUAAAUGAAGUGUUGUCAAUCAAAACUGCCUACAGGAAAGUCCUGUUGGCAUAUCUGUACAUCUUAGGCAAAACUUUAUCAGAAAAGACCUGUAAAUCUUUUCACCUCAGUGCCUUGGAAUAGAUACUGUAUCAGGGAAAUAGCUAAAUUAAUGAAGAUAAGGAGGGGGGAGGUUUCUUAGUUUUGUUUUUCACAGCGCUUGGGAGAGUUGAGACAGUUUCUGUAUUGACUUACCUAGAAGUUUGAAUUGGCUAUGCUUCUCAUGAAAUCUGAAGUCAGGUUAAGGCUUUGCUCAAAACAUCUAGGGUUGAGGUAUGCUUUGACCCUUCCCUUCUGUGCAGUUCUCUUUAGGAAGUUGCAUGUUUAUGUAGAAUUGACUCGAGUAUUUCUGAAAGAUGUGGUAGUGUUGUGGAGAAGGCUAAACAACUCUGAGCCAAGUUUACUGAGGAAAUAUUUUUAAUGUGUUCUGAAAGUGCCCCCCAAUUCUUUAUUUUGAUAAAUGUUUUUGUAAGUGUGUGCUCUGGGCCCAGAAUGUCAGUCACCAUCACCAGAGAGAGAAAAGUGUAGCACUUGAAUGAGAUACCUUUGUGCUGGUGGGAUCUCCUAGUGCUGGAUGUUUUUUUCAGGUUGUGAGUUGGAUACAUGAGUGAAGGUAUGUACUGACUACAUGGGGUGAUGCGGAAUUGGGUUUACUGUUGUUGAAACCUGAACUGGUACCAAAGGUGAAGUGGUGACCUGCAGCAGUUUGAGUGAUCUGCUGGUGUUGUGGGUGACUUACGAUUUCUGUUGUCUCCUGUGAAUUCUCAGUGGCCAUAUCAACAUCCAUCUGCUGUGGGUAUUUCCUGUACUAUUAGACAAUAGGAGCUGGGCCACCCUCAACACUUUGGAGGGAAAGAAAAACCUGUUGAGAUUUGACAGUGUGAAGAGAAAUUGCAAUCCUGUUUGCUCUGAGGAAGAAAAUCCAUAGUUCCUCGUUUACCAAACACUAGGUUCACUAUGGCAAGAAUUCAGGAGUUUACUAACGUUUGUGUAUGUUAUUGCUUUCUGUUAUUGAUUGCGUGUAUGCCACAAAAAUGUUAGUUUUGACCAAAGUUGAGUAGUUUGUGUUCACUGGUGCUAAAAAUUUUAGCUUAUCAUGGUGCUGAUAAAGUCUGACUCUUGUCUUUGAAAGGAGUGAAGAAGAAGGUUUUGUCACCCCAAACUUAAGUAUAGAGUCUGAUACUGAAGAAAAGUGAUACAUAAGUGUAUGUGUAUUAUUUCUCCAACCUAGUGAACAACUUGAGACACUGCAAUUUAAAAGAUACUGAAGAGUAUUCCAGUUAUUUGGCCUCAUCAAAUCAAUGCUGUAGGGGAAAUGUGUAUGCUUAAUACAUACAAGGCUAAUGAAAGACUACUAUAGUGUAUGGAUUUGGGAGGAUGAAAAACUCCAGGACCCAACCUACCACUUUGUUCAUCAUAUUCAGAUGACUAAAGUUUAUUUUGUAGAUAGAGCCGCCUAUUAGUAGAAGAGGGAUUAUGUUAAAUGGAGUAUUGUCACUAGUGAAACAUGAACUUCUGAUUAGUGGUAAGUGCAGUCAGUCAUUGACUGACUGAGUGUAUUCUGUGUGUUAAGAGGACAGGUGAGCAUAUAUUACUCAAAACAGGAAGAGAUCCAUGCUUUAAAACUGUCUUUUUAAACCUCUUAAGUAGUUUUUAUACCGAACAGCCUCAUCCUAUUAGCGGGAUUGUUUCAGAGUGCCUUGUUAGACUAUGCCUAGUAGUUAAACGAUUCUUAACCAAGAGCUUUUAAUGUGUGUGACAGUGCCCAGGCCCACUGUAACCAGAAGGCACUGUACACUAGUUCUCUGGUCAUUUUCAAGCUAUAUUAGUUAUCCAUGUUUUUUCAAGAUGCUCAAAGACUACCAUUCUCCUCUCUUAUUUUUUCUGAGGGGGUGGGGGAGCAGGAGACUUGUAAUUUGAGAGCUGCUUCCUGCCACAUUUACUUUCUCAACCCUAGUGAUCCUAACAAAAAAUGUCCUUAAUCUGUGUUCUAAUAGUUUAUAUCCAAGACCCACCAGGUGCAUUAGUACUUUCUUUCCUUUUGAAGCUUUGUGUUAUGAACUGAAUUUUUGCUUUGAGCCUUCCUUAUCUGCUAGAUCUGCCAUACUUCUGCCUUGAGAGGAACCUCAGUUUGGUGGCAGGUUCAGGAGUUUAAAUGAUUUGGUUUAAUCCUGUACAGUAACACAAACCGAUAGGGAAUAGAACGCUACUGCAUAUGUAAUACUGCACUGGCUACAGUAACAUGGAUGCUUUAGUCACUGCUGCUAUUCUACUGUUUUUGUAUUUUAAAAUUACCAGGUAGAACUCCACGUGAUGCCAAAUUACUGUAAUGCCAGAAUCAGAGACUCUCAGAGCUAAUUUGCUAAGUAUCAGUUAAGUCUUAACUUCCAUGAAAAAUUAUAAAUGCUAAUGAAAUGUUUAUUUAGGUACUUAUUCAGUUUUCCUCUUUCUUUCCCCACCUUCCAAGCUACUCUUUAUUUUAACUGCAGUUCCACAGCUUUCUCCUACAAAUAAGAACUUCAGCUAAUGGAAGAAUUCAAGAGUCUACAUCUUUGCCGUCUCAAUGUUGUUAUAGUCUUUGUGACUAUUAGCUUGUAUUUGAACUUUUCUAAGUUUAUCAUAACGAGAUUCAGUUUCUGUGUGAAAAUGCAUUUUCACUGAAACAGCCUCUUUUUACCUUCCUCCAGAUCUCACCUUUUCUUUUUAGAAAUCAAUUUUAUCAUGGUAGAUUGAGAGGUAAUUGCUAGAACUACUUAAAUGGAAGUAGAAAGGUACGCAGGGUUGAGAGCUGUUUCUAAAACAAGUAUGAAGAAAUUAGAGGAUUUAACCACUUACCUGCAUAAUUUCUUCAGGAAUGGGGUUCUUUAGGUCUGUAACUCUUGAUGCCUUGCAGUAUUACUGGAUCUCAGAGUGGGUUAGAGAGUGGCUUAGCUUUUUUUAUCUCCCAAAUUUCGGUUGUCUUGAAUGUGGUUUAAGCCAGCCAUACUUAGUACGUGUCUUUGCAAAGCUGCUAUGGCACAAAUUCUCCGAUUAUAAUAUAUUGCAAAUGUGUUUCCUUUUUGCCUCUGAAUGUCUUCCCCUGCAGGGCAGGGAAAAUUAUUUUUCUAAAGAUGUUAGUAUGUAAUGUAUAUGUGGGAGCUCAGAUAAUGUGAGAUGUAUAGACUUGAACUCAUGAUAUGCCUGGUCAUGUUUGCUGUGGGAUUAUUAAACUUGCCCAUGAAAUAAAAUGAAGGUGGCCUUUCUGUUCUUAUUUAGAGAUGCUUUCACAUCAAAUACAUUGAUGAUAGAUGCAAAACGUGAUUCUGGGGUCAUUGUUAAAGGCUUGUAUUGUUUUGCAUUUGAACAGAAUGAAAGUACUCCUGUUCCCUUGGAAAUAGCAAUAGAUUGUUUAAUAUAUAUUUUGUAAUUAAUGCACAGCUGUAUUUCUGACAGGACUUUAAAAAAUAAACUAAUUAAACUGUG